AUGAAUAUAGAUCAGCUUAGCAUCUCUGAUAUUGUUAUCAUCGUGCACGAUUUAUUCUAUGCUAUUCAACGUAUGUGGCCCUUCUUCCGUUAUAUUUUGACUGAAGAUGAAAUUGCACAACGAUACGCCAGGAAACAGAGAACAUUAAUAAACUAUGCUAUACGAAUUUGUGAGAAAUGGAUGUAUGAUGCACAACUAAAUAGGCUGAUGGGUCAGACACGAACAAAGGAGAUAAAGUGCGGUCAAGAUGCGAAAAAAAUUCGAGUGAUUAAUUACAGUUCAUCAAAAGAGGACGGAAUAAUAUUUGAAAAUUCAUCAUCUAAUGAGAAUCAAUGUUUAAUAGUGAUAAGUGGUACGGAAGCACAAACAUUUUCGGUUGAAACUGCACUCUAUGACUUCUGGCGAGUGAACAUGCCAGAGAUAAUUACAAGCUGUGCAGCGGCCACUGUGGUUGGAUUUUCAAUGAUAAAAUUUAUGUUUACAGCCGAUGACCGGUAUCGACAACAUCCAAUCCAAAGAAUACUUUUACCAUUGACAAGAUGUUUUCGGCUUCUCUAUGCAUUGCUACGUAUCAGAAGAACGAAUGCAAAAUGA